AUGAAUAAUCCCGCGGGCGCGCUCGACCUGGAGGUGAAGGGGCUGGCGAGACGGCGGUCGCUGGAGCGGGUGUGGAGGGAGCUCGUGCGAGCGCGCGACGCGGGUGCGACGGUGAAAGGGAGGAUAUUGAACGCGGUGAACGGGGGGUACGCGGUGGGGAUCGCGGGAAUGAUUGCGUUUUUGCCGGCGAGAGCGUAUCGAGGUCGAGCGCCGCCGACGACGGCGGAGCGAGCGGCGGCGGGGGGGGGGAAGGUGGACGCGCCCGUGGUCGGAGAGCUGUGCGGAUUUAAAAUUCUGAAAAUGACGUCGAGCGGGGAGAAUUAUAAGAACGUCGUCGUGAGCGGGCCGGUCGGGGGGGGCGCGAACGAGCGCAGGGCCGCGGCGAAGGCGAGGAACGAAAAGGCGCGCUCGUGGGGGACGAAACGACGCGGCGACGACGCGGCGGAGGCGGCGACCGAAGACGAGGCCGCGUCGCCGGAUGAGGAAGAAUAG